AUGAUUAUUCCUGUUAGAUGCUUUUCCUGCGGUAAAGUUGUGGGUGACAAAUGGGAGACAUAUCUUCAAUAUCUUGAUGAAGGUAUGAGUGAAGGUGAUGCUUUGGACAGAUUGGGAUUGAAAAGAUACUGCUGCAGAAGAAUGGUUCUUACACAUGUUGAUCUUAUAGAGAAGUUCUUACGUUAUAACCCUCUUGAAAAGAAGGAUAUUGAUGAUGAAAGAUCAUAUUAA